GGUAAAUACUAAUACUUUUUUAAAAAGCUGGAACCGAGGAUAAAUUUUGACGGAGCAAUCACUCCAUUGGGGUUGUCAUCAAACACAUUUUAAAUGAAAAAAUUCCAUUACAUUUUGGAGGGUCGAUUCAAGUUCCCUCUUUCUCCUAUAUUUAAUUUUUUCUACUAUUUUUCCAUUAGUUUCCCACAUCUUUUUCUUUUCCCAAAUAUACAGUGCGUGUUGAGUGGGGUGAAUCCCAGAGAAAGUAGGCACUGCCUGUUUGUCGUGUAAAUUUUGCCUAUCAUAGUUACUAGUCUUUGUUGAAAGCUGGCUCCCAAACUAUGCCGGAGCAAAGCAACAAGGCAAGAAAUGAGCGCUCACCCAGUGAGCUGCUCUCUGCAGCGGGAGCCCUCCCUACAAUGCCAGAGCCGCCUCCAGUUCUAAGGCCAGAGGCUGUUUAUUAUGAAAAAAUCUAAGAAUAUUGCAAUUCAAAGGAUGUGUGAAAAGGCCCCAACACUUCCCUAACAGGGGAAGGGCCAUCUCAAUGGUUGGAUUUAGAAAACUUUAAAAGUAUGUUGUUUAGUAAUAGAUUGCACCUGAUAGAUUCAAAACAGACACAUCAAAUAUCCCAGAAAAUGUUGACAUUCUUAAAGAUGAAUGGGAAAAGAACAUCAUUGCUUGUGGAAAAAUUUUCUAACUAUGCAUAAAUGCGUGGAUAUGAGAAGCUCUGAUUUUUUUUCUUUUUUUUUGCUAAAGCAAGAUAUGUAAAAGCAGCCUUUAUUUUUCCUCUGUGGGACUGCAGCCCAACUCCACCGCUGGAUAAUUCAGAGCCUUGAAAGCAUUGAGAGUGCCCUCCAAAUACAAAUUGUUUACUAGCAGUUUCGAUCUCAGGACCUGGUAUCUUUUCAUUAGGAACUUGUUUUUCAUAAUAGUUUAUUUCUCACUGCUUACAAGGGCCUACUCAGAAGGAGUACCUAGUGAACUGCAGCCUAAUCCUUGCCGAAGGCCUUAAUCCAUGGGCCUGGUGUUUACUUUGGCCCCAUAGGGCUGGCGGGUUAUUACCCAGGUAGAAAUGGGCAAUAUUUCCUCCUAAAUAAAACAUGGGCUCUGGAGGUGACUGUGUAACCACUGCAUAAGGCUUGGUUGAGGCAAGCAGACACUGAAGAUUUAAGUCAAAGUUACCCUGAGGGAGAGGGAGAAAUUUAGUAGCUGGGAAGAAUGGCAAAAAAGAAAGAAGGCAAAUGAGCACGAGGGAGGAAAAGUGCUUGGAAGCCGACCCACACUACAACUGAAUCGCUUUCUUCAUCUCUUGGGGUGGGGAAUCUCAGGAAAGCCGAGGCGCUCAAUAAAUGGAAUAUUUUAUUGAGAAACCUAACACUCCAGUGUUAAAGUCUAGAGAGCAUGGGAGCCUUGGGGGUCGGUCAGGGAUGCUGGGGGCUAGGAAACCAACUGAGAGGGCCAAGGAGGCAUUUAACUUGAGUUUCUGCUGCGUUAGUAUCCUCUCAUUUGAACCAGCAGCAGUCGGCCCGCCUGCAGCCGGCCAGCUCACGGGCAGUGUCUCGCUGCGUUUCCCGCUCGGCAAGCCCUGGUGGGAGUUGGAAGGCAGUCCUGGGCCAGAGAGGGGCUGCCAUACACGAGCUUACACACUCUUUUUAAAAGCCAGAAGGAGCUCAAGCCCAACAUCCCGUUUGGUUUAUUACAAGGGGGAAAAAGUCAUGCUAAAGAAACACAUCUGGUUCACCACAGAAAGGUCACUGAAGACCCAACUGCCAAUGCCAUGGCUUGCGAGGCCCAUAGCAGGCCUUCCAGCUCCUCUACUCUUCGGCUGGGGCAGCCUUUUGUAGCAGAUGCAAUACAAACUGACUUUUGUAACCUUGGUUGGCACGUGCAGGUCCCUGGAUUCUAUCCAGCCUAGAAGCCCAUUUGGCUGCCCUACAGGGCCCUGACCUGAGCUGUCUGCUGCAGGGCACCCAGCUUGUCUUGCCAGCCAAAUUGGCAGGGCCCCCAAGUCCCAGGACACUGGGGGACUCUGGAGGACCCAAGGAAAAGACUGAGGGGUGUGUGAACUCCUUCGAAAUGAUGGAUCAAACUGUGGGAAUAUACAGAUAUGCAUUUUUCACAGAAUGAGUCAAAACUUACUUAGAUUUUCCAGAAGGGUCCUGACUCCCUAAAAGGUUAGGAAAUAUAGGUUAAGAUCAUUGUCUUUUACUUUAUUUGUAUAGCCUCCACUAUCUCAAACGUACACUGGCCCUUCCCAGAUGUCGGCCUGGGAAGUUGCUUUCUGCAUUUAGCCUGGAGAGGCAUGACUCUAGGCCCAAGUCCUGGCCCACUGACCUGCUACGGCUCAUUAUCCAUGAGGAAACCUCGAAGGUCUUGGGACCCACUUGCCAAAUUACACAGCUUUUCUGAGAGGCAUGGGCAGUGCUGAAGAGCAAAGCUUCCUUCCUAGGCAGCCCCCAGCUCUGUGGCAUUUCCAGGUGGCAUUGCUAAGGGCAACAGUUCCAGCCAGUUCCACCCUUCUGGUGAGCAGCGUAAGGACCAGGCAGAUCCGGGAAGCUAAAGAUAGGGCCACUGGCUGCGGUGCUCUGAAGCUUUUCUGCACUCAGGUUCGUCCGUCUCAUGGGCCUAGAGGGUAGAGAAUUUGCCUUGGCCUUGGGCGCAGGAGCAUGAGAAGAGCGAAGGGGAGUUAAUGAUCUCUUGGCACAGACCCUGUCUUGAUCCCUCUAAAGCCGCUGCUGCAGCUUCAAGACCCUGUCAGGCUGGAGAGAACUGGCUUUCUUAUUCUCUCUCCCCUCCUGUUUCUCUCUCUUUUCUCUCCCUCUGUCCGUCUCUCCUUCUACCUCUCUCUUUUUCUCUCCAUCCUCCUCCUCCGCACCCUGAUGCUCAGUCCUCAAGGCCGGGUCACCGUGGGGCGCCGAGGUUGAAGUGGCUGGAGCGCCGCGCUAGCGGUGGAGCGGCCUUCUGGGCCCGGAGCUCGGAGCAGCCACCGCCCGCAGCGACCGCAGCUGCUUGAAUCUCAGAAGCCAGAGCUAGAGCUCUACCUAGCCAGCUCUCUCUGCGCUUUCAGGGUCCUCUCAGGCUCCUCUUCCACCUUGGGCUGGAUUCACACUGGGAGGAAGGAGGCAAAGUGCCGCGUAUGACCCGGAUGCAAGAGUCUUUCCCAGCUGAAGGCAGCGGCCUGAGCGGUCUAUUUCCUGGGAUGCCGGCGUUCAGUAAUGCCAGCUCCGACUGGGGCCGGAGGGGCGGGCAGGCCUAGAGUAUCCUGGAGACCUGUAGCCCACAGGCCAGGGGCAAGGCAGCGACCUCCCGGGCUCCACUGGAUCUGGCCGGAAAAGGUUGCAUUUCCUGAGACUAGCAUGAGGCUCACACUUGGGGGCUAGCACCCCAGGCCGGCCAUUUCCAGUUGGCUAAAACAGAGCCCCUGAGCCUGCUGAGCAAAGGGCCUGGCCUCCACAUGCUCUUAUAACAGGACCAUGAGCCCAGCCCGGCCUUGCAGGGAAAGGAUUUCCUCACCGGGGCCUCGUUAAAAUGCACACACUGCAGGAGCAAGGACUGCCCUAGCUGAGGGUAUGGGAGGGAGGGGAAGAGGGGAGGGGACAGAGAGGUAGGAGUGUAGUGACACUGGUUCUUGUUGUAGCCUCCAGGAGCAUAUGAGUGCCAAAGCUAACAGGAGAGCAGGAACAUAAAGCAGCGGAGGUGUACACCGGGCACACCCCUCCAAGUCUCUCACUUUGGGCCAGCCAAGGACCCCAAGGCCAGCAUUUUACUUCCCCGAAAUGACUGUGGGCUUAGAGUCUUCCCUAGGUGAUGAGGGGAUGCUUGGAUCUGGCUCUGGCCUUGGGAGUGGGAGUGGGGCCUUCUUUCCAUCAAGGCUGGCAGCCGCUUCCCACCCCCAGUCCCGCCAGCCCACCAAAGUCCACUGAGAGGAGUUGUAGAGAAGGCAAGCCAGGUGAGCACAACACCAGAGGAGAAGAUCCUAACUGGAUCAACGGACUAGGGGAGAAAAGUGUUGGGGGUUAGGGGCUAGGGAACAACCACUGCAUUUUGGGGAAAAAUCUGUGGAUACUGGAAGUAGAGGCAAGUCAGCUUCCAGUUCACUCUGGGCUCCUGACACCUUGAGGAUCCUGACGGCCAUAGGGCCAGGUUCGCCACUUUUGGGGAGGCAGAAUUCAGACAAGGGGCCAGCUCCAGAUCCAGAGCUGAAUGGGAAGCGCGUGAGUCCCCGACACGGCCCCUUCAGUGGUUAGAGUACACCGGGGACUAGUGGCAGCUUCUGCGACAGGGAUGGUGAGCACCCAAGGCAGACUGGGCGCGCACCAUAAACACCCCACUUGUUAACUGCGCGGGGCCCAAGGCCGCUUCUAACGGACCCCGGUAUGGGGCUCACGUCCGGGUAGGGGCGGGGCGAGCCCAAUGGCCAGGCCCCCCACCAGCCACGUUGGGGCAGCCCCCACAGCUCCCGGCCUUCGGGCCAAGGUGUCGGGCGUGCGUCUCCUGGCCCAUCAAUACAGAUUACAUAUUUAUAUCAAUCGCGGGCUCUGAGGGCGCCCUCGGAGAGCGGCCCCGCGCCUACGAAACCAAACUGGGAGUGGUCGCGCGGAAACUCUGGCUCGGGAUUGGCUGCGGGCGCCCGCCGCGGUGCGGGGGGAUUGCUAAUCGUAUUCAGCAUGUUUUGCACAAGAAAUGUCAGCCAGAAAGGGCUAUCUGCUCCCUUCGCCAAAUUAUCCCACAACAAUGUCAUGCUCGGAGAGCCCCGCCGCGAACUCCUUUUUGGUCGACUCGCUCAUCAGCUCGGGCAGAGGCGAGGCAGGCGGCGGUGGUGGUGGCGCGGGGGGCGGCGGCGGUGGCGGUUACUACGCCCACGGCGGGGUCUACCUGCCGCCCGCCGCUGACCUGCCCUACGGGCUGCAGAGCUGCGGGCUCUUCCCCACGCUGGGCGGCAAGCGCAAUGAGGCAGCGUCGCCGGGCGGCGGUGGCGGUGGCGGGGGUCUAGGUCCCGGGGCGCACGGCUACGGGCCCUCGCCCAUAGACCUGUGGCUAGACGCGCCCCGGUCUUGCCGGAUGGAGCCGCCUGAGGGGCCGCCGCCGCCGCCCCAGCAGCAGCCGCCGCCCCCGCCGCAACCACCCCAGCCCGCGCCGCAGGCCACCUCGUGCUCUUUCGCGCAGAACAUCAAAGAAGAGAGCUCCUACUGCCUCUACGACUCGGCGGACAAAUGCCCCAAAGGCUCGGCCACCGCUGCCGAACUGGCUCCCUUCCCGCGGGGCCCGCCGCCCGACGGCUGCGUCCUGGGCACCUCCAGCGGGGUGCCAGUGCCUGGCUACUUCCGCCUUUCUCAGGCCUACGGCACGGCCAAGGGCUAUGGCAGCGGCGGCGGCGGCGCGCAGCAACUCGGGGCUGGCCCGUUCCCCGCGCAGCCCCCGGGGCGCGGUUUCGAUCCCCCGCCCGCGCUAGCCUCCGGCUCGGCCGAUGCGGCCCGGAAGGAGCGAGCCCUCGAUUCGCCGCCGCCCCCCACGCUGGCUUGCGGCAGCGGCGGGGGCUCGCAGGGCGACGAGGAGGCGCACGCGUCGUCCUCGGCCGCGGAGGAGCUCUCCCCGGCCCCUUCCGAGAGCAGCAAAGCCUCGCCGGAGAAGGACUCCCUGGGCAAUUCCAAAGGUGAAAACGCAGCCAACUGGCUCACGGCAAAGAGUGGUCGGAAGAAGCGCUGCCCCUACACGAAGCACCAGACACUGGAGCUGGAGAAGGAGUUUCUGUUCAACAUGUACCUUACUCGAGAGCGGCGCCUAGAGAUUAGCCGCAGCGUCCACCUCACGGACAGACAAGUGAAAAUCUGGUUUCAGAACCGCAGGAUGAAACUGAAGAAAAUGAAUCGAGAAAACCGGAUCCGGGAGCUCACAGCCAACUUUAAUUUUUCCUGAUGAAUCUCCAGGCGACGCGGUUUUUUCACUUCCCGAGCGCUGGUCCCCUCCCUCUGUCUUCAGCCUCUGCCCAGGAACUCGCACCUGUGCUGGAGCCCUGUUCCUCCCUCCCACACUCGCCAUCUCCUGGGCCGUUACAUCUGUGCAGGGCUGGUUUGUUCUGACUUUUUGUUUCUUUGUGUUUGCUUGGUGCUGGUUUAUUUGUUGUUUUCUGGGGGAAAAAGCCAUAUCGUGCUAAAAUUCUAUAGAGAUAGAUAUUGUCCUAAGUGUCAAGUCGUGACUGGGCUGGGUUUGCUGUCUUGGGGUCCCACUGCUCGAAAUGGCCCCUGUCUUCGGCCGAGCUGGUUUCCUGCCCAGCCUGGGGCAAACCUAGCCGGAAGGCCGAGGUCCCAUUGUUGGCGCUGAGGUGUCUGGCCUGAGGUCAAUGGUGCAAAGGAGCCGCCACCGGGCUUGUCUGCCUGGAGUGCUGUGCUGUGUUUAAUCAGGGGAUACAGGCCCCUGGGUUUCUUUUUUCUUUCUUCCUUUCUUCCUUGGCCAAGAGAAGGGCUUACAGGCAUGGACAUGCAGGUUGGCAAACGGGCUUGACUUUGGCUGAUUUAAAAAGUGAGAAAGAAAGUAAAAAAGGUUAAUUUUUCCUUCCUCUGUAAGAUAUCCCAGCUUUAAAAGGAAAAAAAAAGAAUUACCAAGAGAAGGGGACUUCUCUUCCAGUUUCUGUAAGGUCUUACAUUGCCUGACUAAAAUGUUUCAUUUACCUCUAAAUUUCCAUAUCCUUCUGGCUGUAGAUAAAUAAUGUAGUUUUGUUUAUGCAUUUGGAAUUAGUGGAUAUUUUUGUCAUUAAAAUUGUUACCAAUGGUAACAUGUGACAAGCACACCACAAUUCUCCCUAUCUUGUGAAGUUGUUUUUUUUAAAUCGCCUUGAACAAAAAGUUUUUUUUUGUUUUGUUUUUGCUUUCUGAAAUUCACAGAAGCCUAGGAGGACUGGGGUAAGCGGAAUAAACUAGAGAAGGGAGACAUUGUUUGGAUUUCCUUUAUACUGUGAAGUUACAUGCAUAAAAGGGUCAAACCUGUAGAUGCAGAAAAAGAAAAAAACUAUAAAUACAAAUCUGUAUAAAUGUCUAUUAUUAUGAAGAAUUGCCAAUCUUGUUUUAAGCAAAUGCAUUCUAUCAUUAUUAUAAAUGUUAGUUCUAGCUCUAUUUACUUCUAAUCUUAAAUCAGAAUAAAUUAAUAUUGUAUUGCUGCUGUGCGUGGAAAAAGACGAUGUUUAUGUUCUUAUAGAAUAAAAGCUGUGGAAUGAA